AUGAAUACUUUCGAAUCUUUGCCUCAUGAAAUCUGGGACAUCAUUAUGUUCUAUGUUGGAGACCAUGCAAAGAAGAGUCAAGUGAUGGCUGUAAAUAAGAAAUGGUACAAUUUAUACUUAUCACUCGCCUACACUGCUCCCGUCAUCGACUUGAACUCAUGUCCCUCCAAAUUUAAUGGUUUUUUUAAUUCACCGUUCAAUCCAGGGCAGUACACAACGUCCAUUACUUUGCAACAUUUUGGAGGAGAUACGGAGUACUACGCAGAUAUUACUGAAAGCAAACUUUAUCGAUUAAUGAUGCAGACGCCCCACGUAAAAGAAGUCGAAUUCGAUCAGAUCAAACGUUUUGAUACGAGGUACUGGGAUUAUUUUUAUAAGGCACUCAAAGCGGCAAACACAUGGAAAUUACACAAAUUGCCAAACAAUUGGUAUUUGUCUCAUAUAUAUAAACAAGCUAUAUUGGUACAUGCCACUUAUUGGAAAUGUGUGAAGCAUUUAAAGCAUUCAAUUAGCUCCGUACGUCUGAUUAAAACUAAAAAGCCAAAAAUGAUGAAUUUCAGAUUUUUAAAUCAAUUUACUGCGUUGAGAUCAUUGAACAUCACUAAAGGUUUGCUUAAACGCGUAUACGACUUGGAUAUUCUGCUUCAACAAGUCUCUCAGCUGGAGGAGAUCGAGGUGGAUUUUUCAGACACGAGCUUCGUUCCAGAUUUUUCUCGAAAUGGUGGAAUGAUCCUAGGUGGAGAGUAUCCGAACAUAAAGACAAUAAUAUUUCAUUCGUUUGUUUUUCAAACCGAUCAUCAAGCGUGCAUAUUUUAUACCAAUUUCACAGGACUUCAAAAACUACACAUUACAGGCAUUCAAAACGAACUCAUUUUAAGACCAGAAACCGAAAUGAAGUUCUUCACAAUGCUAUCGUCACUUUUGGAUUACAAUUUUGGCCUCCGUGGAAGCUUUAUUGGCAAGUCUGAUUUUGUUAGCAGAAACUGUAUGCAAGUAAAUCACGCUUUGUUGUCUGGUCGUCGUCGUGGAGACAAUCCAAUUCCCAUCUGUGUUGAAAAAUCAAUACUCUUCCCUGAUGGGGCGAUACGACAUACAAUUUGGAAUGAUCAUAUUGCUGCGAGGCGUAUUCUUUUAGGCUUAGGACCAAAUAUACAGCAACUUGAACUUUCUGACAUAAAAGAUGAGCAUAUACAAGACUCUCUGGAGGUUCUUUUCAGUAACCAGCACAAAAAAUUACGCUAUAUUGUAUUCCAAAGGCUCAAUUUUACCAUGCUAACCAACGCAAAUUUGGUUUUUACAGGGUGCAUAGAUAGUGUACAGUUUGAAGUUUGCACACUUUCCGAACAGGCACUUCAAUUUUUAUUAGCCUGCUUUACAAAUUUAAGAAAAGUUCAUUUUAAAGCCUGCGUGUUUUCUGAUUCUUUCAAGCAUACGUCGAUCUGUGUAACCAUGCCAAAGACUGAUAUCCAACAACUCUGUAUAACGUAUCAAAGACCUCCGAAUAAUGAAUUAGGAUAUCGUCAUAAGGAAAGAUGGAAUCGUGCUAAACCGCGUGUGCCAUUUCCUUUGGUUUCAAUUACGUUGAUUAACGAAGGUACUACGAAAUAUUAUCAUACGAAAUAUGAAGUAGUACCAGUGGUUAUGGAAACAACAGAAAAAGAAUUUCUUCAACUCAGAGAAAAUGCAACGCGAUUUGUACCUUGCCCGUACGUUAUAGCUAUUCAGGCCAAAUCGAUUCGAGAACUUACAAUUAUGAACCAUAAAACUCAUCCAUCAACAGACAUUCACAUGAAUUUAUAGCUUAUAAAAAGUCUUCAUUA